GGCUUGUGAUGCGUCCCCUUAUGGAUUAGGGGCAGUCCUUUCACACACACUGAAAGAUGGGUCAGAGAGGCCAGUUGCAUUUGCGUCACGAACAUUGAAUGAUGCAGAGAAAAACUACUCACAAAUUGACAAAGAAGCACUGGCACUAGUGUGGGGCGUCAAGAAAUUCCACGCAUACCUAUUUGGCAAGCGUUUCACACUGGUUACAGAUCACCAGCCGUUGCUUUCCAUUUUCAGUCCAAAGAAAGGCAUUCCGGCAAUGACAGCAGCCAGGUUACAGCGAUAUGCCCUGUUCCUUGCCAGUCAUAUGUAUGACAUUGAGUUUAAGCCGUCAUCCCUCCACACAAAUGCAGAUGGAUUAUCCAGACUGCCAUGUACAAGAGAAAGGCAAAGGAGGGUGGAUGCAGUGGACAUGUUCCAUACCGCUCAGCUCGAGGCACUACCGGUCACAAGCACAGUUAUCAAACAUGAGACAAGGAAAGAUGUGACCUUGUAAAAAGUGUACACCUACACCAUGUCAGGAUGGCCAGCUACUGGCAGAAAGGAGCUGACUCCGUAUUUCCAGCGGAGAAACGAAAUUACAACGUACCAGGGAUGUUUGAUGUGGGGAAUGAGAGUCAUGAUACCCCAGAAAUGCCAACAUCGAGUCUUGCAGCAACUACAUGAAGGUCAUGUUGGAAUUGUCAAAAUGAAGCUGCUCGCAAGGAGCCACUUCUGGUGGCCAGGUCUGGACCAACAGAUAGAAAAUAUGGCAAAGAACUGUAGUGGAUGUUUGGAAACCCUUCACAUGCCUGCUCCUGUCCCAGUCCACCCAUGGGAAUGGCCCGCAGAGCCAUGGCAGAGAAUUCAUGUGGACUACGCUGGUCCUUUUGAAAAGCACAUGUUUCUGGUUAUAGUGGAUGCCCAUUCCAAAUGGCCAGAGGUGUUUUGCACUGACUCCUCCACCUCAGCUCAGACGAUAGAGUGUCUCAGAACAACGUUUGCACACUUCGGUUUGCCACUGCAGCUGGUAAGUGACAAUGCGCAAGCUUUUGUAAGUGACGAGUUUACAAGAUUCAUGUCAGUAAAUGGAAUCAAACACUCAACUUCAGCUCCGUACCACCCUGCCACCAAUGGGCUGGCAGAACGCUUUGUGCAAACUCUAAAGCAAGGACUCCGUGCAGCAAAACGAGAUGAAGGGACUCUGCAAACAAAACUGGCCAAGUUCCUGGCCUCCUACCGAAACACCCCACAUGCCACAACAAAUGAAAGCCCAGCCGCACUGAUGUUCGGGAGGCCUCUCCGCACACAGCUGGACAUCAUGAAGCCAAAUAGGCGUAAUGAAGUGCUGAACAAACAAGCCAAGAUGCUCUCCGGUGGCCGGGAGCGCCAUCUCCAAACAGGACAGGAAGUGAUGGUGCGAGACUACAGAAGAGGAGGGAAAUGGACAAGAGGGACCGUACACACACAAACGGGACCCAGAACUUACCAGGUUCAAGUGAGCCCAGACAUAAUGUGGCGGCGUCACAUUAACCAAAUGCAUUCCACGGAAAACAGCACAACAAUCGAGAGAGAACAGGCACAGAGAGUUCCCGAGAGUGACACACAAGGAACUGUAGAGGACGGUGGGGCAGUAGAGAGACCCCAGGCUGAAAGAAGGGAACGUGUUGAUGAAGGUGCUGCUAUAGCAGACGCUAUAAUGGAACAAGCACACACUGAGGAUGUUCAGGAGCCUCCAGACAAUCUGAGGCGCUACCCAGAACGAAGGCACCGUCCACCAGACAGACUAGACUUAUAAACAAACAAACAAAAACUAACUGUUCAAGUUCAAAUUAAAAGAUGCAAAAUAACUACAACAAGUUCUGGGAAAUGUUUCAGUUGUGGUUUGGUAAAAGUAACUCUGAUUGUAUAAGAGAA